AUGAUUUUACCCAAAUACGAAAAUACCUAUUCAACCUCACAAUCAACCAACAAAAUGUUUUUAAACCAACUCGAAAAAAUCGUCGACUCUACUACUCAGUUCCUCAAUAAACACCAACAAGUAACAAUUCUCGGUGUCCACGGAUGGCUUCCCGAAAUAGCACAAGGAAUUUGGCCAAUUCCAUCACAGAUUUUGGUCGACAAAAUGGAAUUGGCUGUUCGUCGUUAUCUCAACCUUGGAAAAGAUGAAGGAAACAUUACGGGAAUUCGGUUAACUGGGCAUGGAAUAGUAGAAGAUAGAGCAGAAAUGUUUUUGCAACGAAUUCAGAAUGAUCGGAGUUACGUCGACAAGGUAUCGAAUGCCAAUGUUAUUUUUAUCGUUGGUCACUCGCAAGGUGUGCCGACGAGCGUCUUAUUACUUUCACGACUUAUUGAAACUGGAUUGGUGAAUCCGAAAAAACAACAUGUUGCUUUAUUGUUAUUGGCUGGCAUUUCGGAAGGACCGACGUCACGCUUUGAAAUUGGAGAUACAAUAGGGAAAAUUGUUGGCGAUAAAGCGACGAGCGAGCUCUUUGACUUUCAAAUCUCCACUAAUGCAAUUGCCAAAAAAUAUCGUGCUGCUACGCAGACUGCAUUGAAACUUGGUGUCAAAAUCCUGUAUUUCGCUUCUGGAAAUGACGAAGUUGUACCACUUCACUCCGCACUCUUCUCGAGCGUCAAACAUCCAUCAAUCUUGCGCGGAAUCUAUGUAGCUGAUGAAGUCUAUCAGGACAAGCGAUUCAUUGUUGAUUUAGUGCGUCUUUUGAUUCGUAUUAAGAACCAUGGGUAUUCCGAUCAAGGCCUCUUGAAUCAUAUAAGUGAUGCUUUAAUCGGUUAUUUGAAAGAUGGCGGCCAUAAUCAUAUAUCAACCGAAGAUGAGACUUACAUGUCCGCAGUAAAACAUCUUUACGAAUCAAAAACCUACGAAGGAGUCGAAUCUACAUUCGCAGAAUUCGACUACUCAAAACCAUUGCAUCUGGGUCGCAGCUACAUUCCUUGGGGAAUGCGUGGUCUUUUAUCGGAUGAAGAUCUUUUCAAAUCAGAGAAGAUUGGUCCUGAUGUCAUUUCCUUGCGAAAAAGCUUUAUGACCUGGGAUCCUCGAGUUGGUGAUAUAGUAGCAGCCGAAUUGAAAUUACUGUUAAUCCCCUUUGGCGAUACAAAUGAAGAUCAAUAUAUUUAUACACACCAUAUUGAUACUGUAUCUGAUAAUGUUCAUGCUAAACUUUAA